UUUGUCAUAAAUAAAAUGUCAUUUCUUUACAAAACAAAGUGUGUUGGUCUGCGUCCAGUCGAUAGUUAUUUAGAAUAUUAAAGGUAUAAAUAAGUUAAAAACGAAUCAUGGCGUCUGGAGAACAUCGGGAGAUCCUUCAGUACGUGCCAUUUGCAUCCUUCGUGCACCCUUCCUUCUGGCAUACACUGACAAAGAUGAAACUUGAGGUGGACAAACUUGAUGAAAACACAAAGCAAAUAAACGGUAGAUUUUCGUUUCGCGAUGAUGUUGGCGCUAUUUUUGAGGUAGACGGGACCUCAUUUAACAAAACUCCUAACAACAUCAAGUUCUAUCGGAACGUAACGGGCACAUUAAUGAACAAGAACACUAUAGAAAACUUUAAGAAGAUUGACAAAGCAGCCCUUUUGAACUCAGUUGGAGAAAGUAUUUGGGCUAAAAUUAAGAGUAAGAGUUGGGUCAAAAACCCAUCACAGUUACUCAAUUUUAUCGUGCUAUCAUAUGCUGACUUGAAGAAAUACCACUAUUUCUACUGGUUUGCCUUCCCUUGCCCGAGCCAACCAAUAUUCUACUUGAAAGAGAGUGUGCACAUCACAAGUGUAUUCAACUACCACCACAUCAAUGCUAUUACAGAAGGGUGGAGAGAACUUAAGAGGUCACAGAAGUCGUUCUUUGCGUUCAGAAUGCGUGGUGACGAAGCAAUUGUUAUGACGUUGGAAGAGUGCUUUAAGUCUGGGGAAAUUUAUCCUCCUGUAACAUAUUUUGUGUUUGAGGAUCCAAAUGUUGAUCACAGCCCUGGAUGGCCGUUGAGACUCUUCCUAGCAGCACUAUAUGAUCAUUUCCCGACUAUAGUCAAUUAUGAAUUGAAAGUGCUUGGGCUGCGAUGCAACAUGCACGAAAUAGUGAACAGCAGUCAGAUCUUCACGCUCAUAGUACCACCAGAUAUAAAAUCAGCUGAGUCUGCUGGUUGGGUUGGUUGGGAGAGGAAUGACAAGGGUAACUUCGGCCCUAAACUCGCGAACAUGUCUUCUUCUAUGGACCCUAAGAGGUUAGCAGAUACAUCGGCAGAUCUGAACAUAAAGCUGAUGAAGUGGCGUCUAGUGCCGGACAUCGAUGUAGACGUGAUGAAAAACACCAGGUGUCUAAUGCUGGGCGCUGGGACCCUCGGGUGUCAUGUGGCUCGAGAUUUAUUAGCUUGGGGCUUCCGUCACUUUACGUUCAUAGACAGCGGUAAGGUGUCGUUCUCAAACCCGACGCGGCAAGUCUUGUUUAACUUCCAGGACUGCCUCGCCGGCGGCACGCACAAGGCGAUCGCUGCGGCUGAAAACCUUCGGCUUAUACUGCCCACUGUUGUUACCAAAGGCAUCCCGGCCCACAUUCCAAUGCCGGGCCACCCAGUAGGAGAAUCACUGAAGAAAGAGACGUUAGCCCACAUCACAGUUAUCACUCAUGCUAUUGAGAGACAUGACGUCAUCUUCCUACUACUGGACACCAGGGAGGCGAGAUGGCUGCCUGCACUUCUUGGAGCUUACUAUGGGAAGAUAGUGAUAAACGCAGCCCUCGGCUUCGACAGUUACCUAGUGAUGAGGCACGGGCUCGGUUCAUUACCACAAGACACUUCGCAAGCCGCGCCGUUUCCACAAGACACAUCGCAAACCGCGCCAUUACUACAAGACACUUCGCAAGCCGCGCUGUUACCACAAGACACUUCGCAAGCCGCGCCGUUACCACAAGACACAUCACAAGCCCCGCCGUUACCACAAGACACUUCGCAAGCCGGGCCGUUACCACAAGACACAUCGCAAGCCCCGCCGUUACCACAAGACACUUCGCAAGCCGCGCCGUUACCACAAGACACUUUGCAAGCCGCGUCGUUACCACAAGACCCUUCGCAAGCCGCGCCGUUAACACAAGACCCUUCGCAAGCCGCGCCGUUACCACAAGACCCUUCGCAAGCCGCGCCGUUACCACAAAACCCUUCGCAAGCCGCGCCGUUACCACAAGAUACAUCGCAAGCCGCGCCGUUACCACAAGACACGUCGACAGCCGCGCCUCUAGUGGGCAACUCUGUACCGAGCAUCGUGCCCGGCUCACAGCUGGGGUGCUACUUUUGCAACGACGUCACUGCUCCCGGCAAUUCCCUGAAAGACCGCACGUUAGAUCAGCAGUGUACGGUUACCAGGCCUGGAGUAGCGGCCAUCGCGGGAGCUCUUGCAGUCGAGUUACUAGUCGGACUACUGCAACACCCGCUAAAAGCGGACGCCCCUGCGAUAUGCAAACUAGCAGACGACGACAGUGCUCAAGACACCGAAGGAGUCUUAGGCCCUAUCCCGCAUUCCAUCCGCGGCUUCCUACAUUCGUAUACAACUGUUUUACCGACGUGCACAAAGUUCAAACACUGCAUCGCGUGUUCUGAUAUAGUCCUACAGAAGUAUAAGGAAGAAGGAGUCGAAUUCCUACUGAAGGUGUUCAAUAGUGGAACCUAUCUGGAGGAGAUAACAGGGCUGGCUGAGCUGCAGUUGGCGGCUGAACUGACUGAUAUUGUAACACUGUCUGAUGAAGACGAAGAUGCCAACGCCGAUGAGAACACGUAAAUAAACAAUUUGAUUGAUACGCUGUAAAUCCAAUGCAACAUAUUACUAUCCAAUCAAAUAGUCCCGUGUCUCACAGAUAUAAUAAAUAAAUAUCAACUGAUUGUGUGACUACUUCACACUGAUUGUUAAUGUAGUAUAAUUGUGGUCAGUCAUUUGACACAAAUCUGCCAAAAAUCAAAAUUAAACUCUUUUUAUAACGUAAUCAGGGACUUUCCUAUCGACGUUCCCCAAACACACGAUAGAUGGCGUUGUUCACUUUUAACGUGAAAGUUACCUAUUUUUUAAUUGCUGUGGUACAUAAUCAUUCAAAAAUGCAAUGUAAUGGCAGAAGCAUAUAUAAAACUAAUUGUUACUUGAUAUUUGGAUCACAUUAUGUAUAGAAUGAUGUGGUUACCUAUAUUGCUUCUCUUUAUUUUGAUCAGAAUAAUAAUGGGUGUAAGUUGUAAUUGUACCUUGGUGUAAUAAAAAGGGUCAUCAUUUAUACCCAAAAACAAAGAUAAAAAUUGCGUAUUCUGUCUGUUAUCAAUGAAUUUAGAAGUCUAAACGAAGAAAACACUUAUCAACGCCAUCUGUCGUGUAUUUUGGGAACGCAGAUUGGAAAGUCCCCCAUUGAAUUUACAUUUUUGUAAUAAUUGGGUAGGUAUUUAAAAAUAUAAAAAAAAUACUUUAGUUAUUUUAAUGCAAUGGUUUAUUCAAGUAUUAAAAACUUAACUAAGCAGGUACAUAAAUCUAUAACAGUGAUUUGAGUUUACAUUUUUAAAAUUAAUUACAAACUAAAAUUCGACAGACUUUUACAUUUUUGUAAUAAUUGGGUAGGUAGGUAUUUAAAAAUAUAAAGAAAAUACUUUAGUUAUUUUAAUGCAAUGGUUUAUUCAAGUAUUAAAAACUUAACUAAGUAGGUACAUAAAUCUAUAACAGUGAUUUGAGUUUACAUUUUAAAAAUUAAUUACAAACUAAAAUUCGACAGAGUUUAUUCUAUAAAAUCAUAUUAACCAGAUAAAAAAUAUUUAUUGCUUUACGUUUACGCUUUACAACUCAUUACAACAAAAGAUGCAUUUAUGUUUCUUGUCUUCGAAAUUUGAAGUUUAAACUAAGAAAAAACUUAACGCCAUCUAUCGUGUUUUUGGGGAACGCCGUUUGGAAAUUCCCUCGUUAUCAAGGAUAAACUUGUAGAAAGUUGAUUUUACAUCAUUUGUUACUUUUCUAAACUUGAUCUUUGACAAGGUAAUCUUUAAUAACACAUAAGUAAUAGCGUUUCAAGUGCCAUGAUCACAGGAUGGGGUCAUUCCGUGAUUAUGUGUUUUAGUUAUGAUGAUAGCCGCGUAAACCUCAAACAAUAUCUUCUUCUUUGCGAGUCGAUGGCGAUUACAUUAAAAAAAUAAUUUAAUAUUGAUUUUUGAGAGAUCUCAGUUGUCGAUUUACAGAAUAGGCCUGCUGGUUGCAAUAUGGCAAUGUCCUAAUUGUCUUUGCAACCAGGUCAGACCAAAAAGGCAACAAUAUAGAAAAGGCAUAAUUGUCAAUUCACUGCACUGACCAUGAUUUUUUUUAUUAAAUUUGCCCCGAGACGGAUCAGGCAAAAAAACAUAGCCAUACAGCCUGGUCAGAAAUUUUACUUCAUGUAAUUUCCUGAAGGCCUAAGCCAUUUCUUAUCUUCUAGUCUUUGUCUUCAAGGCCGAAGCUGACCAUAAUUAUUUCGGCUAGUCAAGAAAGCUUGCUGUCGGAUGUUCAUAGGACUGUCAAUUUCUUAUCAAGAACGGUUAGACUAGUAUAAUUUCUUUACUAUAAGUUUUUUAUCAUGUGGGACAGAAUAAAUAUAUUAUAUACGAAAGGACUGUACCGCCGAGAAAAAUCGUUAGUGUGAAGGCGUCCUUACAACAAGUUUAUUAUGUUCAUUUCCUUGUUAAUUACUCGUCGCAUUUUAAUUCAGAUUAUAUUUUAUUAGCCUUAUUUAAUCUUUAGUGAAGCCACAAAACCUUUUUUAAGACUUGUUAAUAAUAUUAAUAUAGGCAGGUGUAGACGCAGCAUUAUACAAUGUAAUAACAAUUUAAUGUCAGAAAUAUAAUAUAAACUGCAGCUAUUUAUACUUGUAUGUGAUAAUAUAUUAUAAUGAGUGUGCUAAUUAAAACUUUAGUAGUUAUUAUAUAUAUAGGGUAUUAAUGACAUCGUAACAAAUACUGAGGGGGAUGAUUCAGAUCAGUGGCAGAUGUACAAAUUUGCCGCCAGUAAACUCUGAAAUUCGAUAGCAAGUUUAGUUCACCAUCUUAUUAAUUACAUUUAUUCUGUCAAUGAAAAUGCAACUUCAUGAUUUGUGUUGUAUAGUCGUCAUUACAUCGGCUUUUUCCCGUUAUUAGUAUGAUUGUGAACUAGGGGAUAGUUGUGUCUGUUUCUAGAUUAUUUUUACAGCCGACGAUUUAGUGAAGUGUUAGUGUGUGUGUGUGUGUGUUUAGUGUAGUCGUUACAUGAGCCAUGUCACGGGCCUUUGGCGGCUCAAUAAUAACCCUGACACCAGGGUGAUGAGGUUGGUAAUUCACCUCACAACCAGGGAUGUUAUGGAUGUGAAAUUUCGGAUACGUAUUGGAUACGGAUAUAAGAAUGAUUAUUAUACCGGAUACGGUUACAGGUACGGAUAAUAAAUUAUUUCGGAUUAUCCGUUGUUUCGGAUAAUUUCCAUUACGGAUAUUAUUUUUUAAGGAAUUUCAAAAGUAAAAUAGAAAUAGGUACCUAAUAAAGUGGUUUUAUUUAUAACGACAAGUUAUAUAAUAUAUGUUAUGAGGACAAAGGAAGACAAAACAAACAAUGCGCGCAGCUUGUGUGUCGUCAUAACAUGUCUCAAUUGGGCUCCGCCCCUAUCCGAUAUUAUCCGAAACUUUUAUUUCGGAUUCGGUUACGGUUACGGAUGUUUUUUUAUAUCGGAUGUCCGAUAGUUUCGGUUUCGGAGCUCCCUAACAUCCCUGCUCACAACCCACACGUUAGAAGAAGAGUGAAGUGUAUAUUGUUGAGCUAAAAACAGCAGCAUAUGAGGUAAGGUAACGUUCGCCGCGGCCAUGAGCGAGCUCCUCGCUGUCGGCUCGCUGGUUGGAUCCACACUGGAGGUUGCUGGAGCAGCUCUUGUGUUUCGCAGUUCGCCCAUCUUCACUGGGGAAGAAGGGCUGUUUGCCGGGUGGUCUCCCCCGCAGUUGCAACACGUGGCCGGUACCUCCCGGGGGCGCGGGCAGUCCUUCGCUGCGUGGCUUUCGCCACAGCGAACGCAGGCCGCCGGGCGGUGGCAGUUGUGGCUGUUGUGCCGAAACUGCUGGCAGCGGUGGCAUUGAGGAGCUCCUUUGCGUCCCCUCCAUGCUUCGAUUUUGACACCUGCAGAGGAGGCAUGCAGAGGAGCUCGGUGGUGUUAUAUAUUGCCUGGAAGCCCAGGGUCCGCCGGAUCUCCACAAAGAAGACGCAGCCCACUCUGCCCUGGAUGGGACGGAUGUACUGGGGGUCGAAGCCGCGGUUACGCAGCUCCUCCUCCAGUUCGGCGACGUUGGUAUCCGCCUUUGAUGGCCAGCUUCAAGGCGCGUUCCGCCGGGGGGGCGUAGGCGAACCAGGAGAGUUCCGUCGCUUUUUCCAAGCCGGCAAGGUAGCGCUGGUAAAGCCGGCACUCUUCGUUUGUCUUCGCCAUAAAGCGUACGGCCUUCCCAUACGGGCGCGCGUUGGGGACAUGGCCGGGCACCUCCCGCAAUUUGCGGCAGUGGUGCUGCCAUUCGGGCAGUUGAUCCACCACAAUGGGCGGUAUAUUCUUGCUCGCCGGGGCGAGCGGCGGCUGGGGUCGGACGGGCUUCGGCGAUGGUGUGGGCGUCGUCCGGGGGGACUGACGCGGAGGCGCAUGCGGCGGCGAGUCGGGAUCGUAUUCAACACUACCGCGUAUGAUCGCGGCGGUGUUGUCUCCAUGUCCAACAGGGGCAUGGAGAGAGGCGAGAACGGGUUCGUGCUGCUUAACACCGCCGACGGGGUGUAGUCUCCAUGUCCAGUGAGGGCAUGGAGAGUGCGGUUGGCGGCGUGAUCUUCGCGCCGGGUUGCGUUGGUGGCCGCUCUGGCGGCGUCGUAGCCCUCUUUUCUGCGGCUCCUGUUCCCAAAAGUCGGGGCCGUGCUUGCCCUGUUAUGGCCUGGGCGCGAUGUUCCUGUCCUCUUGUGCGAAGCCCAGCGGUCCGCCUGGCAGAGCACACGCUAUCACUCCCUCCCCGGUGAGACCCGCUGGUGGGAGGCCGGGGGUGGGUAGGAAUGAUAGUGGUGGUACCGUUUGGAUCCGCGGAGAAUCAGGAGGGUAUUUUUAGACAAAAAUGUAAAUUUCCUGUAAAAUCAUGAAAAAGCGAUAAGCUUCUGUACACAUUUCAGCAGCCGCAGUUGCCACUAAAUUCGAAGGAUGGGCAGAACAAGCCACGUAAAAUACAAAAAGUGCUUGGUUUCGAAUUUUUGCCUGCAAGCCAUUGUGCAUGCCAGACAUGUUCGCGACAUUAUCAUAUGACUGUCCACGACAGUCUUCAAUAUUUAUUUUAUGCCCAAUGUUUCGAUUUCCGAAAUGGUGACAGAAAACAUUUCUGCCGCUUUAUGUCCCACUGACGGCAAAAACUUGAGAAAUCUUUCACACGGUUCGCCUGAUUCUAAAACGUAUCUAAUGACAACGGUAAGCUGAUCUACGUGUGCUAUACUGUUGAAUUGACGAUUAGAGAAAAAUAUUUCGCCCUUCUAAUCUCGUCUCCAAUCUGUUUUAAGACUUUAUGACCCAUCAAAAGAAUAAACUCGUGGCAAACGGUCUUUGAUAAGUAAUUGGUUCUGCCUGAUCCUUGAUUCCCGAAUCAUUCAAUGUGACUGGCUAAAAAAGAAUCGAAUUCCGCGAACAGUUUCAAAAUCAUACAAUAAUUCCCGUUAUGUGGAUCACCAAAUUUUUCUUUUUCCCUCUGAACGCCUCUUGAACACAGUACGCAAAAACAUACCUACGUAGGUACCUAGUAGAAAAUAAAUAUUUGAACGUUUAGUACAUAGUAAGUAGUAGGACGUAAGAAUACUGUGCAUUACUAAAAUAUUAAAAUUUUGUCACUUGUUUCUUUGUGUACAUAAUAAUGAUUUUUUUUUAUUUCUCUAAAACAAAAACAUUUUGGGGCCAAAUUUGCCGCCCCCUAAAAGUUGCCUCCCUAGGCCCCAGCCUGCUGGUAAAUCCGCCACUGAUUCAGACCAUGGUUCCGAGUUAAUAUUAAGUGGAAUUUUCCGUUGCAAAAUUCAUGAUUUUUUAAUAUUCUUUUGCGAUGGAAAAUUCCACUUGACAUUAACUCAAAAUAAUGAGCUGAAACACCCCCCUCAGUAUUCGUUACCAUGUCACUUACACCCUGUAUAUUUAAGAAUGACGAUGUAUAGGUAGUUAAUUUUUUUAUCUGUGUCGAAUAAUUUAUAAUAAUCUCUAUAUAUUGUUCUCUACAUGAUGUCGUCAAACGAUAAAAUGUAUGUCUAUAAAUGAAAUAAAAGUACAGUGAAAAUUAU